AUGAGAAACCUAAUUCUCGCAGGUUUUCUCAUUGUAACAAUAUUUCGAUGCUUAUUUAUCCCAACCAUACCACAAGGAAAUCGCGAAUUUCAGAGUCUUGUAGUUCCUAUCCUCAAAAGACCACAAUUUAAUAAUAAUUCAAUCGCAACUUACUUAAACAUCACACAUGAUGUUCGAAAUCCGAAAAUAUUUAACAUGGAGGCACCAUUCAAAUUCAAAAUAAACCGUGAACUUGGUGAUCGAUAUUUAUAUAGUACAAAUAAUUAUUCAGAAGCCAUAAUUAAUCAAUCAGAUUCUGAAUUACCAGCACGACUGAUCAAUCAAGCAUCAGUUGUUAUGACAUUUGAUGCAUACACUGCGAGAAUGUGCGCAACAUAUACCACAUACUCCAUACAAUGGCGGCCAAAAAGCUGCUACAAAGAUUACAUACACAAUGGAUCAGUAGUUGGAAAAUACGACACCGUCAUAUCUAUUUGCCAUCAUUGGUUAUAUAUGUAUGGACACCAAUACUUAGAUUUUAUGAGCGUUGUUUUACUGAUUCCAGAACAGAUACGCAAUACUGCAUACAUUGUCUUACCUGCAAAAAUGGAAAUCACUAGACAAUUGAUAGAAUUGCUAGGUAUUCCAAGAGAAAGACAAAUCGAGGUACAGAAUAGCGAUUUUAUUCAUGCUAAUGUAUUAUACUCUAUAGUACCUGGCUUUUGCAUUGAUUCUGUUGGAGAAUUAUCUUUAAUCGUCAGAUCUUUCUUAUUUAGACAUUUCAAUCUUGUCAGUAUCAAAUGCAACAGAUAUGUCUUAUACAACAGAGAUAAGAAGCCAAGAAUUGUCCAGAAUUACCCAGAACUUUGCGAACUUGCAAAUAAGACAUAUCCGAACUAUCCAUGGGAGAAGAACAUUGAGCAACAUGAUUUGAAAGGUUCAGCUCUUUAUUACGCAAGUAUAAAGUUUAUGUGGACAAUUUCAGGAUCUGUGCUUGGAAACAUCGUUUACUUCCAGCCGUUCUCAAUAAUAUGUGAAGUAACAAUGAAAGAAUCAAAUUUGGUGUUCUUUGCAGUAUCUUCUGUAUAUAAAAUUCAUCAUGUGAUUCUUCAUUUGCCAAAUAAUAAGCAUUUCGACCGAAAUGACAUAGUAAUGAAUACUACUUUGUUCCUUAAGAUAAUGGACAAAGGUGUUAGCCUCCUCAAAUGA